CAUUGUAAACUGACGAAAGCCAGUUCACCAGCUCGUCUUCACGUCUUACCAUCAGGUAAAGACUUUACCAUUUUCUACAGUUGAUGGCAACAUAUUUUAUCUGGAAUCUAGUAUCUAAGAAGGAAUACAGAGACAUGAAAGAAAAUGGCUUGUGCUUUGGAAACUCACCCGAUCAAUGAACUUGAAGAAAAUCUGCAAUGUACUGUAUGUCUGGAGCCGCUAAAAGACCCGAGAACUCUUCCUUGCUUCCACUCAUUCUGUAAAGAUUGUUUGGAAGACGUUGUGAAAACAUGUCGUGAUAAAGCACCUCGCGGUCGACCAGUUCGAGACAUUCCGUGUCCAUAUUGUCGAGAGAUGUUUACACUCGAUCCUGACAAAAAUGUCGCCGACAUGAGAAGAAAUCAUUUCAUCUGCAACAUGGUAAAAGCGACAGCCGUACUCAACCGAGAACGUAAAUUUGGCGUUCCGUGUUCACAUAAUUGUAGUCAAAGCUACUCAGUCGCUCGCUGUGUCACUUGUGAGAAAUUCUUAUGCCAAGAAUGUCUAACUACUCACAACAGUUAUCGAGGACACGCUGGUCAUUCUGUUCUGACGAUGGAAGAGUUGUCAAAGCCGGAGAAUCGUAAGAAAAUCAAGGACAAAAUGUAUUGCAAUGAACAUCCGGGCGAGAUAUUGAAAGUUUAUUGUGAAACCUGCGACCAGCUGAUUUGUAAGGACUGCAUGGAUUUUAGACAUAUAAAACAAAACCAUUCGUGUUUUCUGGUAAAAGAUGUAGUUAGCAACUAUACGAAACUAUUGACUUCAAAUAACGAGGCAAUGGAUAGAGUUUUAAAUGAAGGUAAUGUCAUCGUUGAACAGUUGGCAAAUACGGCGGAGGAACUUGAUCGAGAUGCUAAGCUUACUAAAGCUAAAAUCGUAAAAAGAAAAGAAUCAGUAAUCAGCAAAGUCGUGAAAAUGUUGAAUAAACAUACUGAAACGCUCUUGAACGAAGUCGAUCAACUUCACAAAGAAAAGAGGGAAGUGUUGGACGGACAGACCAGAGAAACAAAACAGUAUGUUGACAACGUACAAAGAUCUGCUCAACUUUCAAAGAAAUUAGUCGAGGAAGGCACAGAAGAAGAAAUAAUUUCCUCUCAGAAAAUUAUGCUGAAGAGCGCAGAUAAUCUUCUAAAGAAACGUCAGGAAUACUUUGAACCCGUGACCCGUGAAAAAUUGAAAUACACGCUUUCUAUCAAAGAUGAGCCAUCAAACGAAGAGAUUUCAGGAAUGUUGGCGAGAUGUUUAGGGAUUAAAGAUGAAGGUGUUUCAAAAGGUAUUGGUAAAAGUCUUACGAUUGAUAGAACAGGACUGACUGGGAAGCCCUUGAAACGCCAGGCAGAGGAAAACGAAGCUGUUGAAUCUCAAAUUGUGUCGAAAAUUUGGUCAGGAUUAUUUUGCGAGACAAGGGUGAAGCUGAGUGAUGAUUUUACUUACAAAAUACGGAAGGAAAAAGCAUUGAAAGAAAUUAUAAAGAGCGAAAAAGUUAAUAUUGAAGAUGGGAGAUAUCUAUCUGGCACCUGGAACGCAAUCUUUGCUGUCGGACACAAGAUUUCUCUUUGUUGUUCAGAUAAAACUGAAAAUUAUGCUUCAAGCAACUUCUCUUUCACCUUAUCCACCUUAUACAACCAGUCGAGUGUCCAUCCGACAACAACGCCAUCCAACCAAACAUCGCAAGGCCAACAAGCGGACGAGUCGUUAACUCUAAACACAUUUUUUCUCCGUCAUAUUAUGGCCUACCACUACGAAGAAUUUCAAAAUUUUGAGAAGGUCUCCAAAGAAAUCUGUAUUAAAGUUAAGUCGAAGACCGAGAGAAAUUUGAAGCUUAUUAUGCGGGACAAUGUAGAUCAAGCGAAGUUUUUAAAAACAGUGAACAAGUUCAUCGACUUCUACCAAGCUCAAAACCAAAAAAUGCAUCAAGAGCAGUUUCAAAUGCAGCCAAAAGAUAAAAAAGAAGUAAUUUCACAAGCUCGUUCCAAAUUUUCUGUUGUGAUCGAUUCAAGUCAAGAGGAAGAUAAAAUAACAAUCUAUGGUGAGAAAGAUAAAGUUAAGGAAGCUUUAAAUUUUUUGAAAGAAAAAGUUGGUGGUUUUGAAACUUUAUUUGAAAAAGGAGAACAAUCUUCUAAACGAACAACAGGAACUAAUUCACCCGAUGCAACACUGAAGGAAAGUGGUUUUAUUGAAAAGCUUUCGUGCGUUAUAUUAAAAAAUAUAAAACUCACAGUUUAUAAGGGAGACAUUACGAAAGAAGAUUCUGACGUUAUUGUCAAUCCAGCUAACGGAGAACUCAAGCAUGACGGGGGAGAAGCGGGAGCCAUCGUAAAAGCCGGAGGGCGAUCAAUUCAAGACGAAUGUGACAAGCUCAUCAGAGAACGACGUUCUAAAAGUCUCAAUGCUGGUAUGGUGGUAGCGACGAAGGCAGGAAAUCUUCCUUGCAACUUAAUCAUCCAUGCUGUGGGUCCAAGGUGGUAUGAUUUCCGGAAUAAUGAGAAAGACGUAGCAAAAAAAGUUUUUCUCACCACAGUUCUUAACUGUUUAACGGUUGCUUGUAAAAAUGGUGCUACAAGCAUCUCCAUACCUGCCAUUAGCUCCGGGAUAUUUGGUGUUCCUGUCCCAGUCUGUGCUGAGGUUUUAUUUCAGGCCGCAACAGAUUUUGCUAGGGAUGCACCAAACUCCAACUCCUUGGUAGAUAUUCGCUUCGUCAACCCCGACAGACCGACUGUUCAAGUAUUUGAGAAAGAAAUGAAGAAACGAUUUGCUGCUUCAGUUAGACAGGGAAGUAUUGAAAUGGUCCAUACCGAUCGUGUGGGAACAAACGCCAACCAGUAUCGACAGAAUCAAUUCAACGCAGGAGGAGGAAUUUUUACAGGUGGUCAUUUGUCAUCAACAACUGUCCCUGGGAGUCAUUCGUCACCAACAUCUGUCCCUUGGAGUCAUUCGUCAUCAACAUCUGUCACUGGGAGUCAUUCGUCAUCAACAUCCGUCCCUUGGAGUCAUUCGUCAUCAACAUCUGUCACUGGGAGUCAUUCGUCAUCAACAUCCGUCCCUUGGAGUCAUUCGUCAUCAACAUCUGUCACUGGGAGUCAUUCGUCACCAACAUCUGUCACUGGGAGUCAUUCGUCACAAACAUCUUUCCCUUGGAGUCAUUCGGCAUCAACAACUGUCCCUGGGAGUCACUCAUCGUCAACAUCUAUCCCUGGGAGUCAUUCGUCAUCAACAUCUGUCCCUCGGAGUCAUUCGUCAUCAACACCUUUCAGUUACUCAAAUGCAAUGAAAGGAAACACGACAAGGGGAAAAGAUACCAAGCCAGGAGAAGAUUCAAAAGACAGUGAUAAAGAAAAAUGUCAAAUCUGUCUAAGUGACUAUACAGAUAAGAAAACCUUACCAAAGUGUGGUCAUUCAUUCUGUGCCUCCUGUAUUGACAAAGCCUUCAAAUAUCAAAAGAAAUGUCCAAUUUGUGGCGAGGUUUAUGGUGCACUCACAGGCAACCAACCACCAGGGCAGAUGUUUGAUAGUUUCCAGUCAGCAACUCUUCCUGGUUUUACAAACUGUGGUUCUAUUGUUAUAUCUUAUCGGUUCCCCAGUGGUACCCAAGGCCCAGAACAUCCUCAUCCUGGUAAACCAUAUCAGGGAACAAACCGAACGGCUUUCCUGCCUGACAAUGAAGAAGGGCGGAAAGUUCGAUAUCUAUUAAGAAAAGCGUUUAAUCAGAAACUAACGUUCACAGUUGGACGAUCAACAACAACAGGACGAGAUGAUUGUGUUAUCUGGAACGAUAUUCCUCAUAAAACCAACAUGACUGGAGGAGCAACCAAUUACGGUUAUCCUGAUCCAGAUUACCUGAGAAGAGUCCAGGAAGAACUGGCGGUAAAAGGAAUCACAGAAUAGAAAAGCGAAUUGAAACAACUUAUAGUUAUAGUUCACAUAUCUUACCUGGGUAGAAGAUGAACCAACCAAAAAAGUUGAAAAUAAAUUUAGUUUUAUAGGACAACGCAUGUCUUAGGCCAUGACACCGUAUUUGCAAGAUUUCCUUUUCUGUUAAAAAGCAUGCAACGCUUACAGUAGUAGUUUUCAAUUUGACCAAUUUGAUAUAUUCAUCCGGGCAUCUGAUAUUCUAAAUGUUCACAGCCUUUCGAUGCCUACAAAAUUUAACUAUCACCUAUAGUAAUGAUUUAGUGCGAUCAGUGCUUGAAAUGGCUAAUAAGGAUUGAUUUCCAUGUUUUACAGACAGUGUGUUGCCCCAUAGAUUUAGUUGUCGUUGUCGUAUAAUAGCCUUAAUGAAAAUGUACUAUAGCAUGCAUGAAUAAACAAGAUUCACGGAUGAAAAGUGUACCCAUGAGACAAAAUAUAAGAUUCAGAAAGCACUUUGAGUUACGAACUCAAUAUUGUUUGCCUUCCGUGAUUAUGUCAGUUAUCAUCAGAUAUCCCACAUUCCCCUUAU